CUAACAGUUGGUCAGAAAUGAUGUUUUGCGGCAAUUCGGGAUUCGGGAUGAUCCUGGUCCUGGUCGGGGCCAUGGCCUUUACCAGCGACCUCUCGUUGGUGAGCGGUCAAACGGUGCCACCACUGGUGACCUCAACGGUGAAACCAACAAAUGCCCCCAAAAUGGAGGUUACGCCCACCAAAGCAAUGAUUGUUAAUGCUCCGCCCAGUAAGCAAAAAAAGGAACCCCUGCUGAAGGCCAAGGAUGGUGCCAAACCCCUGCAGGUCACUGGAUUUAUUACCAAGUCUGGAAACAUCUAUGAGAUUGAGGACAAGCGCGGCAUGGGCGCCAUCGAGGGUCGUCAGGCUGUUGAGGAGAAGCAGGCCGAUCAGAUUGUUUGCAAUUAUGGCAACGUGGUGAUCUACAGCGAUGUGCCAUGCGACCAGGUGACCAGUGUCCGAGUGGGCGACAUCAAGCAGAUCAAGGACGGCAAGGUGGAGAGUGCCGAGAGCAGCACUACCGAAAAGAAUCCAUCCGAUGAGGACAAGGAACAGGAUGAGAUGCAGGAACAGGAUCAGAAUGAAGAUGAUAACCAAGAGGAGGAGGUUCAACAGACCAAUCAUCCCAGACAGCAGCCGCAGAAAAAUCGCCGACGUCGCCGUCGUCCCGCCCAGAAGCAGCAACAGCAGCAGAGGUUGCAGCAGCAGCGACGCCGCCAGCAGCAGAAGCGUCGACGCAUCAACGGAAACGGAAAUGGCGGUGCUGUGGUAGUGCGACGUCGUCGCAAUCGCAACAACAACAAGAACACUGGAGGCCAGCGUCGCGGUCAACAGCAGCAGAGACGUCGUCGUCCCAACAAUAACAACAACAACAAUAGGCGUCGCAAUGGCAACAACAACAACAACAAUAACAGAAGGCGCAACAAUGUCCGACCCGAUCAUAGACGUCGCAUCAUCAACGUUAAUGGCCAGCAGCAGAGGCGUCGCACUCGCCAGGGCAACAACAACAACAACAGCAACUGAAAAAGGGG